AUGUCGACAGCACCAAAGCAAUCAGCUAAGGACGUCAUCGCGGCGCUCAAGCUAUCCCCGCACCCGGAGAAAGGCUACUUCGUCGAGACCUUCCGCGACGAGCACAGCACGUGCAUAUACUACCUGCUCGAGGGCGAGAGCGGGCUCUCGCACUGGCACCGCGUAAUGACGUCCGUCGAGACUUGGCACUACUACGCCGGCGCCCCGCUCCGGCUCUCGCUGGCCUGGGACGACGGCACGCCCGUCAAAGACGUCGUGCUCGGCGCCGAUAUCCCGAACGGCGAGCGGCCCCAGAUCGUCGUCAAGAAGGCCGAGUGGCAGCAUGCUAUUAGCCUCGGCGAGUGGACCCUCGUCGGGUGCACUGUCUCCCCGCCCUUUACGAUGGAGGCUUUUCAGAUGGCGGAGCCGGGCUGGGAACCUAAUGAUAAGGGCAAGGCUUGA